UCCACUCAACACUGCACUUAAGAACUGACGGCUCACGCACGCCGUGUAAUGCGCAUGCGCAGUGCAAUGUGCGUCCAUUAGCAGCAUCGCUACUGGUUUUCAAACAGGAUGAACGCGCCACCGGCAUUCGAGUCCUUUUUGCUAUUUGAGGGAGAAAAGAAGAUCACAAUAGUUAAAGACACCAAGGUGCCACAUGCAUGUCUGUUCACACUGAAUAAAGAGGAUCACACACUGGGGAACAUCAUCCGGUCACAACUGCUGAAGGACCCUCAGGUGCUGUUUGCUGGAUAUAAGGUUCCUCAUCCUCUGGAGCACAAGAUAGUGAUCCGUGUUCAGACGACACCAGACUACAGUCCCCAAGAAGCCUUCACGAAUGCCAUCACUGAUCUGAUCAGUGAACUGUCCCUGUUGGAAGAGCGAUUCAGGGUUGCCAUCAAAGACAAACAAGAAGGCAUAGAAUGAAGACCAUCACACUCCAUUGGAUGACAACUAGGCUAAUUCGCAAUGGACUGCACAAUAGUCACUCUUAAACUGGGUUUCUGUGAUGGGCUACAAUACUCCCAUUUAUUUAUUUUCAUUAAAUAUUAUGAGGUCAGUUGACAAGCUCUCAUAAUAAAUAGUAAAAGAGAUUUUGAACAGCCUCUAACAACACUGAGGUUAAGAUCUGUGGAGUUCCUCCACCAAUUUUGAUUUUCUAACAAAGCAUGUUGGUAUGAUGAAAUUAUCAAAUUAUCUUCAACAUUCUUCAAGAGUAUUUCAUCGCACACCAAAUUUAUGUACACAGAAAUAAUUUCCUCUUCAGUGUCCCACUCAAUUGUGAUGUAGUAUGUAGUAUAUUUUUUUUGUUAUUAAUAAAUGGGCUUUUG